ACCCCUGUGUUGGGGGGGGGGGGGGGAGGUGAGGGGUUGGAGGAUAAACAAUAGAUCUCUAGAAAAUUAUGGCCACCUUACUGCGGAAGAUCGGUCUCAUCCGCCUGCACGACCGAGACACCGAGGACCCGAAGCACCACCAGGGCUCGCUAAAGGGGACUAAAGGGAACCAGAAGAACCACGCCAACAAACACUGCCAGACCGCCAGCGACGCCAACAUCCUGAGCACCCCGGAGAUUAAGGCGAGGAAGCUGGACCAGCAGGGCAAGGACAAGCCAUCCGGCAAGGAUAAGCAGGGCAAGGAGACGAAGGAGAAGCAGCAGACGGGAGGAGGAGGAGGAGGAGGUGGUGGAGGAAUAGGAGGAGGAGGAGGAGGAGGAGGAGGCGGAGGGAGUAAAGCCACCAGCGCGUCCUCGAUACCACCGCUGGCGCCUCACCGGCAACACUGCACCCAGGUGCGGACGCGCCGGCUGAUGAAGGAGCUACAGGAGAUCCGCAGGUUGGGGGACAACUUCAUCUCGGUGGAGCUGGUGGAGGACAACCUGUACGACUGGAACGUGAAGCUGCACCAGGUGGACAAGGACUCGGCGCUGUGGCAGGACAUGAAGGAGACGGGCACCGAGUUCAUCCUGCUCAACGUCACCUUUCCCGACAAUUUCCCCUUCUCGCCGCCGUUCAUGCGCGUGCUGACGCCCCGCUUGGAGAACGGCUACGUGCUGGACGGCGGCGCCAUCUGCAUGGAGCUGUUGACCCCGCGCGGAUGGUCCAGCGCCUACACGGUGGAGGCGGUCAUGAGGCAGUUUGCGGCCAGCCUCGUGAAAGGACAGGGGCGCAUAUGUAGGAAAUCUGGGAAGUCCAAGAAAGCUUUCAGCCGUAAGGAAGCCGAGGCCACCUUCAAGUCCCUAGUGAAGACCCACGAGAAGUACGGCUGGGUGUCCCCGCCCGUGUCCGACGGCUGAGCGCUCGACCUCCGACCUCCGACCCCCCCCCCAGCCCCCAGCGAGCCGGAAACAAAACCCAGCUCGCCCCGACACGCUAACUCAACAAUCUCCCAUCUUUGUCCGUUUUUUGAUUUUUAUGGUUGUGUGUGUCUUGUGUUAUUGUUAUUUUUUGGGGGGAGGAUUUAUUUUAAUUUUAUUUUUUUUGCCCUCAUCUCCCUAAAACUCAAAGAUGGCCGCCAUCAUCCUCCUCCUCCUCCUCCUCCUCCUCCUCCACCAAGAAGACACUUUUAUUCCCCUCCCUCUCGCCCAGGGAGAUACGUUCCCCCAUUUUGAAAAGACCUGAGAGGGAGGUGUGUGUGUGUGUGUGUGUGUGUGUGUGUGUGCGUGUGUGUGUCAGACUCGGGGUGUGUGUGCGUUACUGUCGGUGGAUAUUUAGUUGUUGUCAUAACACACACCUCUACGAGCGUACAGGAAGAACAUCGGACUUCUCCACCCAUGUGAAAGACUACUGAUUGAAGGAGACUCAUCCCCCUCUUUCUCCCAUCCCCCCUCUCUCUCUCUCUCUCUCUCUCUCUCAUUUACAUAUAAAUGGAGGUGUUAAUGUUUAAUAGACGGCAGCGUUGGCACUCAUUCACUGCCUCUUUGCUUUUCCACUGUGUCGUUGCUCAUAGUUCAAUGCAACGAGAUUGUAACUUACAUGGAGCUGUGCUCUCUCUCUCUCUCCCUCUCUCUCUCUCUCUCUCCCUCUCUCCCACUCUCUCUCUCUCUCUCCCUCUCCCUCUCUCCCUCUCUCUCUCUCUCUCUCCCUCUCCCUCUCUCCCUCUCUCCCUCUCUCCCUCUCUCUCUCCCUCUCCCUCUCUCUCUCCCUCUCUCCCUCCCUCUCUCUCCCUCUCUCUCCCUCUCUCUCUCCCUCUCUCUCUCUCUCACUGUUGAGUCGAUGGAUGUUGAUGAUUUCUAACGGAGACGACGUGUAGCUACGAUGAAUGUAGAGGGGCGGUCGAUCACCUCUCUUUUCUCUCUCUCUCUAUCUCUACUUGGAUGUUAUCGUGUGUGUGUGUGUGUGUGUGUGUCUGUGGAGGAGAGGAUGAAGACUAUUUCCUAUGAUUUAGAUACCAGAUGUCAAGUGGCUCGUUGCAAAAUGGCCGAAGACAGAUUAUUAUGCGCUCUGACCCGCUGUGAUUUACUUCACACACACACACACACACCCACACACACACACACACACCGUUACCCGAGCUCCAACCUUUUUAAAAAAGGACAUUCUGAAUAUCUAAUAUCAACCCGGCGGUCUCCGUCCGCCUCCUCGCGCGUCUUGUUUUGCCGCCAGCCCGUUAAAUGUCAGAGUGGAGGCCGCUGAUUGGUCUGACCUUUCAGGCCGAGCUUCAUUAGAGAGAAGGAGGAGGAGUGGGAGGAGGAGUGGGAGGAGGGCGGAGGACGGCUCUGACCUCUCGGCGCUGACAUUUCCUAAAUUUUUCCGACUCCCUGCCCUAUGUUUUUUUUAGGAUGAGGAGGUGGGGAGAGUGCAAAGGGCAGACGGUGGGUUGGGGGGAGGAGAGACGGGGGGGGGGGAGUCUCAGCUCAAGCCCCGCCCCCAAACCGACCAUACCUUAAACCACUAAGCUGGAGGCUGAGCGUGUCAAAGCCCCCCCCCCUCUCUCUCGUGUGUGUGUGUGUGUCAUGUUGUGGCUGAUAACAAAUGUCCGUGUGUGUGUGUGUGUUACACUCACAUCAUGGAUAACAAAAAAGAAGAA